AUGAAGGAACCUUGGCCCAGCGCUGGGGGCUAUAAAUACCCUCUGCUUCCAGAGGGUCAGUCUUGGUUCACUGAGGAGGAUCUUGCAACAUACGGAGCUUUGUAUGAAAAAUUAGGAUUUCGAAUUGCAUUGCAGGUCCCUUACAGAUCAUUUGGUGAAGACUUUAACUUGCCGGAUCCUGUAGUCAAACUUCCAGCACUCCUGAUAAUGGGUGGGAAGGAUUAUGUUUUCAAGUUCCCAAGGAUUGAGGAUUUAACAAAAGGUGAAAAGGCGAAAGAGUUUGUUCCUAAUCUGGAGAUAACAUUUAUUCCAGAGGGAACCCAUUUUGUGCAAGAACAAUUUCCCAAACAGGUGAAUCAGUUUAUCCUUGCCUUCCUUGCCAAGCACGUUUGA